CUGCGCGCGGCUCCGCGGCGCCCACCCCCCUCGACCCCGCCGGGCUUCCUCCUCGCACCCUUCCUGCUCUUCCCCGCCCAAGCGCAGCGCGGUUCGCCAUGGCCUUCGCCACCCGCCAGUUCGUGCGCUUCUCGUCCGCCACCGCCACCGCCAAGAAGCUAGUGGUGAAACAUGUGGCGGUGAUCGGCGGCGGCCUCAUGGGCGCCGGGAUCGCCCAGAUUGCUGCAGCCACUGGCCACACUGUUGUAUUAGUGGACCAGUCAGAUGAAAUACUGAAUAAAUCCAAGAAAGGAAUUGAGGAUAGUUUGAAAAAGCUGACAAAGAAAAAGUUUGCAGACAAACCUGAGGCUGGUGCUGAGUUCAUUGAGAAGACCUUAAAUAACCUGACUACGAGCACAGAUCCAGUCUCUGUAAUCCACAGCACUGACCUCGUAGUGGAAGCCAUUGUGGAAAACAUAGCAGUAAAAAACGAGCUCUUCAAGACAUUGGAUAAGUUUGCACCGGAGCAUACCAUAUUUGCCAGCAACACAUCAUCAUUGCCCAUCACGGAGAUAGCCAAUGCUACCACGAGGCAGGACCGUUUUGGUGGCCUACAUUUCUUUAAUCCGGUGCCUUUGAUGAAACUUGUGGAGGUUAUCAAGACGCCAAUGACCAGCCAAAAGACUUUCGAGUCCCUCAUGGAUUUCAGCAAAGCAUUGGGGAAGAAUCCGGUCUCGUGUAAGGACACUCCUGGGUUUGUUGUCAACAGGCUCCUUGUGCCUUACCUGAUGGAAGCAGUUCGGCUCUUUGAGAGGGGAGAUGCAUCAAAGGAAGAUAUUGACGUUGCCAUGAAACUCGGGGCAGGCUAUCCCAUGGGCCCGUUCGAACUCCUGGACUACGUUGGUCUGGAUACCAGUAAAUAUAUUAUAGAUGGGUGGCAUUCGUUAGAGCCAGACAACCCUCUCUUUGCUCCAAGCCCGCUGUUGGAUAAACUCGUAGAGGAGAAGAAGCUGGGGAAGAAGACUGGAGAAGGAUUUUACAAAUACAAAUGAACUUUGCCAUGUUUUUCCAGAGUUAAGGACAACCUCUUUGUGCCAUUUGG